CACGCGCGCUGGUGGAAGCUCUGUCUCACGUAUUUCCCGUUCCCCGUUCCCGGUUCCCGUCCCGUUCCCGCCUCGCCGCACUGCCCGCGGGCGAUGCGGUGCUCCCGGCGCAGGGCAGGCGGGCCGCGCCUAAGCUCUUCCUGAGCGCUCGCAGCCGUUCCCUGCAGGAGCUGCCUCCCUCCGAACUGCUAUGGAGCAGCCAUACGGCGGGCAGGCCCUAGCCGCCGGCGGCGCGCUGGGGCCGGUGGAUGUGCCCAGCGCCCGGCUGACUCGGUACAUCGUGCUGCUGUGCUUCGCCAAGGUUUUGAAAGCCGUGGGGCUGUUUGAAUCUUAUGAUCUUCUGAAAGCGGUCCACCUCGUGCAGUUUAUCUUCGUAGUGCAGCUGGGGUCUGCUUUUUUUAUGGUUUUGUUUCAAAAACCAUUUUCUUCUGGAAAAGUGGUAACCAAGCGUCAGUGGAUCAAAAUUUUUAAGCAUGCUGUUGUUGGAUGUAUCAUUUCACUCCUGUGGUUUUUUGGCCUUACUCUUUGUGGACCACUGAGGACAUUAUUACUGUUUGAGCACAGUGAUGUGGUUGUGCUGUCACUCCUUAGUGUCUUGUUCACAAGCUCAGGUGGAGGACCGGCAAAGACAAGAGGUGCUGCAUUUUUCAUCAUAGCUAUCAUCUGCUUACUACUUUUUGAUAAUGAUGACCUCAUGGCUAAAAUAGCAGAACAUCCUGAGGGCCAUCAUGACAGUGCUCUUACUCAUGUUCUGUAUACAGUCAUUGCUUUCCUGGGUGUAGCAGAUCACAAGGGUGGAGUACUGCUUCUGGUACUGGCAUUGUGCUGCAAGGUUGGUUUUCACAUGGCAUCCCGAAAACUGUCUGUAGAUGUAGGUGGAGCCAAGCGUCUUCAAUCUUUGUCUCAUCUUGUUUCCGUCCUUCUGUUGUGCCCAUGGGUUAUUGUUCUUUCUCUGACAACAGAGAGUAAAGUAGAGUCUUGGUCUUCUCUCAUCAUGCCUUUCAUAACAGUCAUCUUCUUUGUUGUGAUCCUGGAUUUUUACGUCGAAUCCAUAUGCUCUGUGAAGAUGGAAGCUUCCACAUGUGCUCGAUAUGGAUCCUUUCUUAUUUUCAUUAGUGCACUGCUUUUUGGAAACUUUUGGACGCAUCCAAUAACAGACCAGCUUCGAGCUAUGAACAAGCCACCACACCAUGAAAGCACAGAGCAUGUCCUUUCUGGAGGGGUGGUAGUGAGUGCUGUCUUCUUUGUUUUAUCUGCAAAUAUCCUGUCCUCCCCCUCCAGGAAAGGGCAGAAGGGUACCCUUAUUGGUUAUUCCCCUGAAGGCACUCCUCUCUAUAACUUCAUGGGUGAUGCAUUACAGCAAAGCUCCCAGUCAUUGCCCCGGUUUAUUAAGGAGUCACUGAAACAAAUCCUUGAGGAGUAUGAUUCUCGGCAGAUCUUCUAUUUCUUGUGCCUAAAUCUGGCUUUCACUUUUGUGGAGCUUUUUUAUGGAGUAUGGACCAAUAGCCUUGGCCUUAUUUCUGAUGGAUUUCACAUGCUUUUUGAUUGCUCUGCGUUAGUGAUGGGGCUUUUUGCAGCUCUGAUGACAAGGUGGAAAGCAACUCGCAUAUUUUCGUAUGGGUAUGGACGUGUAGAAAUUCUCUCUGGAUUUAUUAAUGGCCUCUUUCUGAUGGUGAUUGCUUUCUUUGUCUUCAUGGAAUCAGUGGCGAGACUGGUAGAUCCUCCAGAUAUAGAUACAAACAUGCUAACUCCGGUCUCUGUUGGAGGGCUGAUCGUAAACCUUGUUGGUAUCUGUGCCUUCAGCCAUGCACACUCCCACGGGGCUUCUCGGGGAGGCUGUCCCACACAUGAUCACAGCCAUUCUCACCAUGGCCACAGCCACAGCCACGGGCAUGGCCAUUCCCACAGUGACCAUGGCCACAGCCAUGGACAUUCCCAUGGAUCUUCUGGAGGAGGCAUGAACACCAACAUGAGAGGUGUGUUUCUGCAUGUGUUAGCAGACACUCUUGGCAGUGUUGGUGUUAUCGUAUCCACAAUAUUUAUUCAGCAAUUUGGAUGGCUCAUAGCUGAUCCGCUCUGCUCUCUCUUUAUUGCUACAUUGAUUUUUCUUAGUGUUAUCCCACUAUUGAAAGAUGCCUGUCAAGUCCUUUUGUUGAGGAUUCCUCCCGAACAGGAGAAAGAUCUGCAUGCUGCUUUAGAAAAGAUUCAAAAAAUAGAGGGAGUUAUAUCCUACAGAGAUCCUCAUUUUUGGUGUCACUCUGCAACUGUUGUGGCAGGCACAAUACAUGUGCAAGUGGUAUCAGAUGUGAUGGAACAGAGAAUUGUACAACAGGUCACAGCAAUUCUGAAAGAUGCUGGUGUAAACAACUUAACUGUCCAAGUGGAGAAAGAAGCUUAUUUUCAACACAUGUCUGGACUCAGUACAGGAUUUCAGGAUGUCCUUGCAAUGACUCAGCAGCUAGAAUCCAUGAAAUACUACAAAGAUGGUACUUACAUCAUGUGAUACAAAUUUGUGUUUGCCAAAGGAGAUGUAAAUGGUCAAGCUGAUGGAUUCCAUAUUUGUAUUUUUGCUGAGAGAUCUUGCACAUACAUGUACAGAAACAAAUGUACUAUAUAUUUGAAUUUUUUUAAGUGUACUAUCUUUGUUACUUGGAUUGAGAUGCUUUUAUAAAGGAAAUAAGAAGGACUUGAGUACUUGCUGUAAAUGUGAAAAUAAUCGAAAUCUUAUAUACUAUAUUUGGUGUUUAUUAAACAGAAGUCUUGAAACUUGCAGAUGAGCACAGAUAUAUUCCAUACUUUCUCUAAAGUGUAGAACAUCGAUAUUUUAAUUUCUUGUUAGCAGCAGGAAAGAGAAGUAGUUUAUACUGGAAUGCAAACAAUCAACUGGGCACUGCUUUUCUUUCUUUCAAGGAUAGCUUGAAGACUCUUGGAAUGAAAAAAAACACUUUAUUAUGGGGAUUAAAAAACAUAAAGUCC